AUGACAGAUAGUAUCUCUUCGAUUCUCCAAGGUGGAUAUCAUCAUCCGACGAUACGUGCAUGGCAAUCUGAACGUGUUCUCCGAAAAUCCUCGUUAAUGUAUCCGAUUUUUGUGAGUGAUGUCCCGGAUGCUGAGGAAGAAAUUUCUACAAUGCCGGGUCAAAAGAGAUGGGGAGUAAACACACUUCCAAAGCUCUUAUCACCACUGGUCAAAAAAGGGUUAAAAUCUGUGAUUAUUUUCGGUGUGCCCAUUAAAACCCCAAAGGAUGCAACUGGUUCAAGAGCAGACGAUCCAAAUGGCCCGGUAAUACAAACUGUGAAACUGAUUCGUCGUGAAUAUCCUGACUUAUUUGUCGCUUGUGAUGUGUGUCUUUGCGAGUAUACUGAUCAUGGGCAUUGUGGAUGGUUGAAUCAAGAUGGUACGAUUGACAAUAUUGCAAGUGUGAAUCGAUUGACAGAAGUAGCCAUAAAUUACGCGAAAGCUGGCGCUCAUUGUGUUGCUCCCUCAGAUAUGAUGGACGGACGAAUAAAAGAGAUUAAAGCGUCAUUGAUUCGUGAAGGAUUAAGUAAUAAAGUCACGCUUAUGAGUUAUAGUGCAAAGUUUGCUAACGCCGCGAAUUCUGCACCAGCAUUUGGCAAUCGUAAAUGUUACCAACUACCACCGGGUUCACGUGGAUUAGCGCGACGUGCUAUUAUCCGCGAUCUAGGCGAAGGCGCCGACAUAAUAAUGGUGAAACCCGGCCUACCAUACCUAGAUAUUCUCCGCGACGCCAAAGAAUUAAGUCCGAACGUCCCGAUAGCCGUGUACCAAGUGUCGGGUGAAUUCGCCAUGAUUUAUCGUGCGGCCGAGGCUGGCGUUUUUGAUUUGAAGGUGGCUGUUCUGGAAAGUGCAAAUCUUAUUUUGACGUAUUAUACACCACAAUUACUGGAUUGGUUAGAGAACUGA